UAAACGAGUCUGAACACUGGACAGGAUGCUGGUGACAGUUGCAUGACGUCCCGCCCCACGUCUUCAGUUUGCUCCACCUUCAACCCAGUCCUCAGCAGACGGAAGGAGGACAGUCAGAGCAGAGCCGAGACACGACACAAGACGAGAUGGCAGAAAACAAAAUGGGCCCGAACCUCCAGGCUGGAGCAGGAUUUCUCGCGAAACGGGUCCAGAAGUCUCUGAGUAGAGCUCAAGAGAAGGUCCUCCAGAAACUUGGGAAAGCCAUCGAGACCAAGGACGAACAGUUCGAGCUUUGUUUCCAGAACCUCAACAAGCAGCAGACUGAUGGAAACAGGUUGCUCAAAGAUGUCAGAGCCUACUAUGCUGCAGUGAAAGCUGUGCACGAGACAUCCAGGCGCCUGUCCCAGACCCUGAAAGACGUCUAUGAAGUGGACUGGAAUGGAGUGGAGGACCUCGCAGUGAUUACAGAGAGUGAGAACUUGCUGCUAAAUGACUACGAAGAGAAACUGAAUGACCAGGUCGUACGCACCAUGGAGAACUACACAAGCCAGUUUCCUGAGGUCAAGGAACGAGUUUCAAAGCGUGGCCGCAAACUGGUGGACUACGAUUCAGCUCGUCAUCACCUGGAAGCUCUGCAGAGCACCAAGAAGAAGGAUGAAGUCAAGAUCUCCAAGGCAGAGGAGGAGUUCAACAAAGCCCAGGCUGUCUUUGAAGAGAUCAACAACGAGCUGAGAGAGGAGCUGCCUGCUCUCCAUCAAAGUCGGAUCGGUUGCUAUGUGACGGUGUUCGAGAACAUUUCCAACCUGAGGGAUGUCUUUUAUAAAGAAAUGAGUAAGCUGAAUCAUGAACUUUACAAUGUGAUGAAAAAACUGGAGACUCAGCACUCGGGCAAAGCUUUCAUUGUGAAGGGUUUGAAUAGCAGCACAUUAUGCAAGCCAAAAAAGAGGAGGUCCCUGGUUAUUUCUAACCCCGUCCCCUGCAACACAGCUUUCCCAGCUGAUCAUGUCUCUAUCCAUUCCUCCACCCAAAACAACAAAGAUGCUGCUCCUCCCUCUCCCCCUGCCCAACGGACUCGGAGCAUCGCUGAAGAAAACUGCACAUCAGAAGAGAUGUGUGGUCCAUCUGAAUGCGUCGGCUCCUCAGACUCUGAUCUGAGCCUGAACGGCAGCAACACACCCCAGAGGCAGUCGGUGUGCAGUGACCAUGAGGACGGUGACCGGAGCACCCAAAGUCUGUUUCCAGAGGAGGCCGACGCAGAGCUAGCAGCAAACCAAUCUGAUGACUCUGGAGUGGGAGCAACAAAAUCUGAUGCAGCGAGCCAAGAACUGACCAGUCUCCCUGAUUCUGCCAUGCAGGGUCUUGAUGAGGGCACUGUGGAUGAUCCACCAUCCAUGGAGGUCAAGACCAAACCUGCUCCAGUCCCUGCCCCUCGGCUCUCCUUCCGCUUCACAGAUGAACUACCCCUGUUACCUGCUGAGGAGAUGGAGACGAACUCUGUCAACCUGGAGACAUGGGAGUCUAGAGAUGGUGUCAGUUCCCAUAAUCCACCUGGCUUUCUUUACAAGGGCGUGGCACUAGAGAGGCAUGAAUCAUCUGAAGACGGUCAGCAGCUGCAGUUUGAACAGGGGGACAUCAUUCUGGUGCUCGCUUACACAGAAAAGCUGGAAGGCUUCAUGAGGGGGAUCAGAGAGGAGACCUGGAUGCAGCAUCAGGACGUUGCAAACCACUCAGGGAUUUUCUCAGAAAAUCUUAUCCAGCCCGUUCUGGCAAGAGUGAAGUAGAAGAUAGUAGUUCCUCAGUCUGCAAUACGUUCUUCCAU